CAAUGAGACGAGAAAUCGUAAGCAGUGGCAACACUAUCAUAUGUCAUCUUGUGAAUUGCGCGAAAUGUGUUGAGCAGCCGCAAUUAUUCGAUUUAUACAAGUUUUGUGAAAUUUUACAAAUUAACAACGAUAUCUUUUAUUGAUUGGGCUUAAAAUAUAUUUUAAAAUGGCGCUACAAUGUCCUGGUUCAGUGGAUGUAACCGAUAUACAAUUUAAGUUACAAAGUAAACAUAAAAUUUUUGGUGGAAAUUCUAAAUUGCGCGAUCACGUUAAUUUAUUGGCAUGUGCCAGCAAUUAUGGUCUACUAUUUGUCGGCAAUCCAAAUGCUCCGGAAUUACAGGCUUAUAUUCUUCCUGAUGUUAUAUAUGCGAAGUCAAAAGGACAACCGGUGCACUUAAGAACUACGAAACUUCCUAAUGUGCCUAAUUCAAUUGCAUGCAAUGCAGACGGGUCUAUGUUGGCGGUGAAUUACACGCUACAAGGUUAUGGUGUUUUGGAUAUUUACCAUGUACCAUCAUUCGCGACUUCUGAUGUAAAAACACUAUAUAGCAUACGCUUGCCCGAUCAAAACGUAUAUGCUUUACAUUUAUUAUGGAAUCCUGUAUUGUCAAAUAUCAUUGGUGUAGUGCUUAGCAAUGGUAAUUUUGCGUUGUAUACACUUAAGGAUGGUGGCGCUAUGGAAAUGCGUUCUCUUCAAAAUCAGCAAAUACAAUCUGGUUGUUGGUCCCCAAAAGGUAAACAACUUGUGUUCGGAUAUCCAAAUGGAAAAUUGCAGCAAUUUAAACCUGACCUUACGAUGGUUAAAAGUAUCAUUUGCCCCCCGAAUGUACAUCCUGGACCAUUCGAUACCAUAGCAUUACAUUGGUUAUCCACUUUUCAGUUUGUAGCUAGUUUUUUGCAGAAUGGGGAGGAGGCUAUGCCCAAUAUGUAUAUAAUAAAUGCACCGAAGGGCGGUACCCCAGUUUAUAUAAACUACAAUGAUGUAUGCUACAGUGGUUCAGAACCGAGAAAGCAACAAGUUACAUUCAUGCAUAUUGCACAGUGGAAUUUAUUACUAGUUACAUCCGCAAAUGGUGUUGAAAUAGGGCUAUUGGGCACUAAAGAUGCUAAUGAUCAACCCCAAUGGGUGCAUUAUAUGUUGCUGGAUGAAGCCCGCAUUGAAAUGCCACUUACCGAAGGCAGUGAUGAAACAUAUCCCAUUGGAUUGGCAUUGGAUAUUUCGCCAACACAUGAGUUGGUAGUGGGUGAAAAAAAGUUGCAUCCCAUGCCGGUCAUUCAUGUACUUUCUACACACGGUCAUUUGCUAUGUUUUAAUUUUUUGAAUUUGUCAACAAAUGUAAAUAUCUGUUCGCCACCAGCGCCAAUUCAAUACGCAAUGGCUAAGUUUACCAUUUUAGCUGAAAGCAGUUUCACUGAUGCGGAUGCCGCAGAAAAGGAAGAGAAUGAAAAUUUGCCUGUCCCAUCAAUUGAAGCACCACCGCCACCGCCGGCAUCUACAUUAACCUUCAAUACACAACCACAAUUAAAUGUUGCUAAUCAAAAUUUGUCGGCCUUUGGUGUGCCGGCGAAUAAGAAUUUAUUCUCAGGUGGUUUUGAACAAAAACCGCAAAAUUUAAAAUUUGGGAUGGCGCCGGCCAAUGCCGAAACAAUGCCUAAUAUAUUGAAUAAACCAACAGCACAAGCUGCGCCCUUGGCAGCUCCGGUAAACACAUUAAAACCUGCGCCACCCACAGAAGUUUUUAAGCCCUUGUAUACGGUUUCACCAGAAUUUGCGCCACCACCAGUACAACCCACGCAACAAACUCCAGGAAAAACAAAAACGCACACACUAAAUUUAAAUGAAACGAAUACAGUGAUACAACAAAUGAUUGUGAUGCAAAUUACAGCAUUUGACAAAGAAAUUAAGCAAUUAGCACAAAAAUCGAAAAUAGCACUUAACGACGAUCCGGGUAUAAUGAAGAGUUAUAGCAAACGCUUAAUUAAUCUACAAGAAAUUAUUGAACAAGCAAAUGAGCGAGAUUUCAUAAAGGAUGUUCAAGAUCUACGACACUCACUGACCGAAUCAUAUGAAAUGUUAAAUGAAUGCCGCUCUAAACUGGAAACUUUCAAAAAUCCUGACGAACCAGGUGCAAAGUAUUUAUCAUUAUAUGAUUGUAUUAGUCAACGUCAACUGAAAGGCCUUCAAAGCUAUCUUACCAUUAAUCAAAGUAUAAUGAAGCGGCUAGAGGAACAAAUGGACAUACAAUGGUCAUAUUAUCAAGAUUUGGUGCGUCGUAACUCGAAAUCUCAAAUGCGUAUACCAUGCCUUGAUGGCAUAUAUCAACAAAUGACCAAGUUGAAAAAUCUUAUUACACAAGAGCAGACAAAAUUGCAUUAUAUUAAAAAUAUUAUGAAGCAAAAAGAUUUGGGCAAUGGCAGAACGGGCAACGAUUGUCGCAAAGAAAGCAAUCAAUUGAUAAAAUCGGAUGUAGGCAUUGUGUCAUUAGCAGAUUCUAUACUCUCCAUGACUAUACACAACAUUACAGAUGCCAAAAGCAAUAAAUUAUCCGAGAGCAAAUUGAAUGCUUUACGAAAUUUUACAAAUCAACAAGCGAAGAUAAAAAUAAUCAAGCCACAGCGUCCUAACCGCAUUGAGCUGACGUCAGAGGUUAUUUUAGAAACCAAGCAACUUAUCAAAAAGAAAGAAACUAAAGACGUUAAAACUAUUAAAGUGGCUGAGGACAAAAAUGUGGCGACAACAAAAGAAGUCCAACAACAAGCGCCAUUUAGCCUAAUGCAAGCGGCGACUAAACAAAAUAUUGAGCUACAAGUGCCAAAGCCGCAACAACAACAACCAGAACAACAGUCAUUACAAUUCUCAAAACCAACACCAACAGCCGGAUAUUUCAGUAACUCACAAAGUUCAGCACAAACUGCUGCAGCUGCCCAACUUAAGCAACAAACUAGCACACCAUUUUCGACAGUCGGUUUCGGUAAUGGAAACAAUUUUCUGCCGAAAGCUGAACCACUAAAAUUCGAGAGCGGAAAUGAAAUGCCUAAAUUCAACGCAAAUACAAAUGCAUUCAAAACCGAUGUUAUUGAAAACAAAACAAACACUGUAACUGCACACAAUAAUAACGCUUUAGCAAAAACUGAGACUGCUGAUAAAUCAUCCGCGCCUGCAAUGAACUUCUCAUACACAUCGAAAGGCGAUGCGGCCGAUAUCGGCAAGUCCUCGUUAAAUUUUAAUGCCCCUUCGAAAGCCUUUACCGGUUUUGGUCAACAAUCGUCGAAUACAAUACCACAAACCAACAUAUUCAACGCAAAUAAGACAACAGCAGUUAAUGCGAAUGCUAAUCAAACGAACGAUGCGCCGAAAGCGUUCAGUUUUGGUAGCACAUUUAGCGCAUUAACUGAUUUGAAUAAUGCUAACAAACAGAGUGCUGCGCAAAAUCAAUCAAAUUUACCGGCUAAUACAAAUGCGACGGCAAUAACGCAACCAUUAUUUGGCACAACAACAAUGCUACCAACGAUUUUCAAUAAACAAAACGAGAGUCAAUAUUUUGCACCACCAACAGCCCCCCUCUCAGCUGCUAGUACAAUUGGAAAGGAAAAAAUAUCCACUGCUGAUGCACAAACGAAGAGUACGUCUUUGGUAAAUGCUUUAAACCAAGAUACAACAGAACGUAAUGUUGUCGGUAAUGUUGGUGCAACGCAAACAAAGAGUGAGGCAGAUGACAUGUAUUUGAAAUCUUUGA